AUGUCUGACAAAAAUGUACCAGUGGUUGUAGACAAUGGAUCCGGUAUGUGCAAAGCCGGUUUUGCCGGAAAUCCAGCACCUCGUUCCGUAUUCCCGUCAAUUGUUGGACGCCCCCGUGAUCAGAGAGUCAUGGUCGGUAUGGGACAAGAAGACAGCUAUGUAGGAGAUGAAGCCCAAUCGAAUAGAGAGAUCCUUACCUUGAAUUACCCCAUUGAACGCGGUAUUGUUACCAACUGGGACGAUAUGGAAAAAAUUUGGCAUCAUACAUUCUACAAUAAAUUGCGUGUAGCCCCAGAAGAACACUCAGUAUUACUAACAGAAGCUCCAUUGAACCCCGAGGCUAAUCGUGAAAAGAUGGCACAAAUCAUGUUUGAGACAUUCAACACCCCUGCUAUAUAUGUUGCCAACCAAGCUGUACUUCCAUUGUAUGCUUCUGCUCUUACCACUGGUUUCGUCUUGGAUUCUGGUGAUGGUGUAUCUCACGCUGUCUCAGUCUAUGAAGGUUUUGCUUUUCCUCAUGCUACCCUUCGUCUCGAUCUUGCUGGCCGUGAUCUCAAUGACUACCUUAUGCAAAUCUUAACCGAACGUGGUUACAGUUUCACCACCACUGCUGAACGAGAAAUCGUUCGUGAUAUCAAGGAGAAAAUGUGCUAUGUUGCUCUGGACUUCGAACAAGAAAUGGCUACUGCUGCUUCAUCCAGCUCAUUGGAGAAAUCCUAUGAAUUGCCCGAUGGACAAGUUAUCACAAUCGGAAAUGAAAGAUUCCGUUGCCCAGAAGCUCUAUUCCAACCUUCCUUCUUGGGAAUGGAGGCACGCGGUAUCCACGAGACUUCAGUUAACUCUAUUAUGAAAAUGUAUCCGCAGUUCCGGAAGGAACUAUUUGCAAAUAUUGUAUUGUCUGGAGGUACCACCAUGUACCCUGGUAUUGUCGACAGAUUGCAGAAAGAAAUAACUGUUUUGGCCCCAUCUACAAUGAAAAUUAAGAUAAUUGCUCCAUCGGAGCGAAGAUACUCCGUAUGGAUUGGAGGAUCCAUCUUGGCAUCUUUGUCUUAUUUCACAAAUCUACCAUCUACCAUCUCCAAACAAAAAUACAACGAAUCAGGCCCAUCCAUUAUGCACAGACACUGCUCCUUCUAA